AUGGAUAGCGUAUGUGGGAAUUGAACCCACAACCUUUGUGGGGCCAAAACCGUGUUCCAACUAUCUGAGCCUUAUGAUACUCCUUGCUUCAUGUGGAAGUCAGCUUGAUAUGAAGGUCCAACUGUAUUUGAAUGCACUUCAUUUUUAAUGUGAAAGGUAAGCCUAACACCUGUCACUUUAAUCUCUUGCGUAACAGGAACACCCGGGAGGUCUCUCAGCCACUUCGACAGCUCGGACGUCGGCAACACCACGACACUGUUGCUAAGCGAUGAUGGGGACACGCUGUUUGUGGGAGCGCGGGAUGCAGUUCUCUCAUUGGAUGUCAGCCAGGAGGACGCCAUUGUGAUGAGGAGCAAGGUGGGGGGGGUUGACAUUUUACCAUUGACAUUGACACCCGUGUUAUCAAGAAGUUAUUAACAAGUAUGAUGAGCUUUAUGAGACUUCAUGCAUAAGACCACCAGAUUUUGUGGGAAAAUACUUAAGCCCUACAGUUCAUGCAGGCUAUAUCGGAUCAGCAGUUUUCUGUUGGGAAAUAUUAAACACUGCAUAGAGCCCAUCUAUGCUGCAGAAAAUUUCCCCCUCCAGUGGUUUAGUUCAGCGGUUGUCAUCUGAAACACAAACACAGCUGGUUCAAGUCUUAACACUGACCUCUCUCCCUCCAUUCUUCUCUCAGCUGGACUGGUCCCCCUCAGAGAAGGACCUGGACGAAUGCUCCAUGAAGGGCAAGAAAAAGGCAAGUUAACCCUGGCUCUUCCGUUCAACUCAUUAGCAUUAUUAAUGCCGCAUGCUGCCAGUGUUUCCCCCUAGAUUUGAUCUUGGAUGGGCAAUUUAGGCCCCUGAAAUAAUAUCACAAGGUUUUUCAAUAGCACUUAAUUUGAACUUUAGAACUUAGAUGAUAACUUAAUACAUUAGAAAUUUAAUAAAACAACAAAGCAAGUAGGUGGGAGGAUAUAAGGCUGGGCAAGCGGGUCUGUCUUAGGGAGGAGAAACAUUACUCAGCGGAGGCACAGCUGUCGCUGCAUUCCACUACCAGCCACCCCACCAAGACUGUAAUUCCCUAAUGGAAUGUUUUUGCUAUUUGAUUGGAUAACUUAAACCGGCUUCCUGGCCGUCAAUGUGCUUGCGAUACAAAAGGAGGAAGUUGAUACAAGAUGGUCUUAGCCAAUAGGGAUUAGCAGACCUAUGGACCUGUAGGUGCAGGGUUCGCGUUAACGCAGAAUUCUGCGUUUUUCACACAAGAUAAAAUGUCUUGCCGCAUUUUGUAAACGCAGAUCUAACAUGCUUCUUAUUGUAAUUGCUGCUCGGCAUCAGACUAACUUUGGGCUUCAGUUGCACUUCUCCACUUGGAUGAGAAUUCAAAAACAGGCAUUCUUUUAGCAGACAGCACUGUGGCUGAUGUGUAGCUACUUUUCUCCGGUACCUUUCUAUGUGUAUCCUACUUUCUCCGGUAAAAUGCAAGAUUAACUUCAAGCAAAACAUUAGUAAAUGUAAAUUGCUACAUUCUUUCUUUAAUAAACAUUAGCAAUAUGAAGGCCAUGCAUAGUUUUAGCAAAAAAGACCUUGCUUUUUCAUUGUAUGCGCAUUUUCUUGUGUAGCUGCUAGCCAAAUAGCGUUGCACUUCUGUUGUCAUUUGAUGAAGCUAUUUUCUGCUGAAUGUGUUGCACUAAUGUAUUUACUUUGAAGGGAAACUAUAGUUGCACUCCCCUGAUCACUCUAUUGAAGAAAAAAAAAAAGUUGACUUUCAAAAUAAAACGCAGGUGAAAUGCUUUAAAACGCAGAUUUUUGGAUGGUCUGCGUUCUGAAAAUGCAGAUUUCUGAACUCUUAACAUGACCCCUGACGUAGCACCACUGGCAAUGGGCUUAGCUACAUUUCACAUAUCUUCCUCUGUGACAGGUCAAACAGAGCCAAUCUUCUAUACCUGUCCAUAGUAUAAAUCAGAUGAGCAAUGACCAUAAUGGCCAUGCAUACAAAAAAAGACCAAUCGCAUUAUACAAUAUAGACUUCAUCCUCUUCAAAGGUUAUGCGGUAGCUUAUACACGAAGGUAGCUUGCACAGCUUAUGCACUAAGGUAAAUAUGUGUCAACAUUACUGACAUGGCCCACAUCCCAUGAUUAAGAUUUGAGGAAGGAGCUGUGAUAAGUUAUAUCUGACAGAGGGAUAAAAAAAUUAUGCGAAGCAAGCUGCUCUGAGCGUGUAUGUGUGUGUGUGUGUGGUGGGGGAGAAUAGACGCAAUUCUCGCAAUAAAGUCUUUACGCUUGAUCUAAUUCAAGUUAAAAGCAAGUUAAUGGCCUUCAUUAGAAUGAACGUUGGUGGGGCAGAAACAAGGAAAUGCCAUGGCUUAUUGUAAUGUAGGUCUCCCAUGAAGUAAGCCUCCACGUGUGGCUUCAUUAAACUAAGUAAUAAGAUUAGGGUUACCAGCGCUAUUGGCUUACUGGCACUAACGGUGCUCCCUCCCUCUUACCUGCUCUCUUUAGGUAGACUGACCCAAGCUUUGUUGCAGGGUCACCCAGUUCUGGUUCUGGAAGUUCAUUGUGUUUUGGAGGUUUAUUUAUUUGGCUUGGCUAUCAGGUUUAUUUAUUUGGCUUGGCUAUCACCUAUCACACUUGGCAAAAGUUUAAAUUCUACAAUUCCUAGAACAAGAGUAUUGUGUAGACUGGAGUGACAGACAGUAGCACACAGUGUGCCUCAAGGACCAGAAUUAGGAAACCAUUUUACAACACUGUCUUACAGUUUUCUGCACUCACAUUUCUAGGAACUGUACCUAGUUAUUUGCACUGUCUAAAAAUGUUCUUGGUCCCUAUCUUGUGUCCCCUCUUCAGACGGACUGUCCCAACUUCAUCCGGGUGCUGCAGUUCCUCAACUCAACGCACAUGUAUGCCUGUGGAACCUUCGCCUUCAGCCCACGCUGCACCUACAUCGUAAGAUGCUCUUCUUUCCAGAUCAUUAUUUUAUCUUUCUCCAUGUUUCUCUUUCUCCAAACUGAAACAAGCUUUUACUGGCGCUACAUACAUUUGUACAGUAUGUUGGAACCCACACCUACAUAGAUUAUUUUCUCAAAAUACUUUUCUCAUACUCAAAUAAAAACAAGCUUUAUCGUCACCAAAUAUACGAUUCAGUGUUAUCCAAGCAGUGUACUCAAGGGCAAAUACAGUGAGGACAACAAGAACUUAACAAGUUUGUAUUAUUCAUUCUACACAAUCUCGAAUUUACAUCACAGUCUCUAACUUAUUUUAUUGGUUGUUUGUCCGUAUUUGCUCACUCCUUCUGCCACUGCCUCCCUCACCCUCUCUGUACUAAUUUUUGUUCCAUCUAUCACUUCCUCUCUCCCACUCACUGAGUAUCUUCUCCAACUCUCUUAAGAGGGUAAUGGUGCUUGGUCAUGGGCUGUACAGUAAACCUAUAUUAGAUAUCCAAUGGCAACGACAUUAGUGCCAAGCACAUCACGGCUGUAGGUUAUUUUUUGCUCAGAAACGUGCGUGCCAGUGCUUCACACAAGAUUGAUAAUUUCUUAAUCCAGUUAUGUGUGGUACUGAGCUCAACAACCAGCCCCGGCAAUGUUUUCGUACUCUGCUGGCUCGCCCCCUGAGUCUGAUGCCCAGGGGCUGAGACUGUGUGUGUGUGUGUGUGUGUGAGAGAGCAUUUCUGUGUGAUGAUGUUUAAGAGAAUGGAUCCUUGUGUGACCACUAGUCCAGCCUGUUAACUAGGGUCAUGUUGAUGCUGGCAGCUUUACUCUACUACAUUCACAUAGCCAACGCUAGCCGGGCCACUCAGACAGGAUAUCCCUCAUAUAUAAUGAUGCCCAAGUCUGGGCUACACUUGUAUCUAUCUGUGUCUGUGGUAUAGAUAAACCAUUUGCUGUUGCUCCUUUAUAUACUUAGCUAGAAUAAAGCAUCCUUUAGCAUCAAAGAAGCCUGUGUUUGUCUUAAGUUGCCUAACACUUGUAGGUUUUUAGCGGCUAUACUGGAAGCGUAUCCCAGAGGAAGCUCAAGCCUCUUAAAGUAUUUACCCUCAUGAGUCGAUGGUCAAUUAGCAGAAAAUAGAGCCAAGCAUAAUGUCACACUUCAAAAUGACGAUUAAUUGACUACAGGGGGAGGGUAUCACUUGUGGCAUAUGCUGGGCAAAAAUUAAGAGUCCAGUGUAGCAGGUCUGUAACUCUUAUGGUCUUCGAUAAAACUGCACUAAACACGGACAACGUUGGCUCCCUCAUGAGUCAUGACCUUUGGUGUGACCCUACUCUGCUCUUUUCCCUAUAGAACUCUGAGAUGUUCUCCCUGGUGAUGAGCCCCAGCGGAAAGCCAGAGGAGGGCAGAGGUCGCUGCCCCUACGACCCCUACCAACGUAACUCGGCCAUCACCGUCGGUAAAGAGAUGACUCGCAGGAAGUGGAGGGGGUAGAUAAAGAACAACAGGGGCAGAGCCUUCUCUUUAGACAAGGAAAUGUAAUUGGCAAAGGGCAUUGAUGACAUCAUAGCCUUACACGUUCUCCAGGAAGUGUUCCAUUACGGUCGGAGCUCCAGUCAAUGUAAUCACUCUAACCCAAUGGCUUUCAAUGUACUGAAUGGAACCAAUGAUAUCAUGCUCGUCAUGGUAUACUGGUGUCUACUCUUGUAGAUCUGAAAGGAUUUGAUAGGUCUGAGUUAUAUGACAAAAAAAUGUCACCCAACCAAUGAUAAGGCAAUAUGAAGCAAUUAACAUAUUGCUUGAACCAAUCCAAUCCUUUCAGAUCUACAGGAGUGCCUAGGGGGAUAGGGAUCCAUGUGGGAUUCAUGUGAACUUCUUGGUCUCUUCGAUGUCAUAUUUGUCCCAUCUCAUUGUAGGAGGGUGUAGGGUGUUAAGAAUAGUGUGCAUAAAGGUAGUGGAGAUUGCCAUGAUAAUGUGGUGGCGUUUAGUCUGUGUUUGUGUGAGAGCGAGGAAGAGCAGAUGCUAAUAAUCCUCUUGUCCAUAAAUCCUUGGCCUGAUGUUUUUAUCUUUAUGUGGGCGGCAUGUGACUGCUAGCAAACAUUACAGUAGGGGGGCAGUUUUACCUAUAUAUCUGCCAGUGGCCAUAAUUAGCAUUUUAUGUUUUCGAGAUUGAGUUCACUUACCGUUUGAAAUUUGACUGGUUGUGAGAAUCUCUCCCCAGCAGAGCUUGCUCAUAUGACAACUCUGCCACGUACUACGCAAGGUUAAUGGUAAACAUUGCAAACAUCUUGUAUCCCUCGCAAUAAAUAUCAAGUCUUGACAGAAUCUGUCGUCACCUGCUAAGGCAUUGUGUCUUGAUGUGGAAGGCCAUUUCAUGCACUGACUGUUUUUCUUUCCUCUGACCAUGACCUUGUUGUCAUCCAAAGCCAGUACAUUUAUUUAACUCUAUCAUUAAUAGAGGUAUUGCACUCUGUUAAUGGUGGUGGAAUUUGUCUGCUUUGGCUGUUAUGUAAUUCUCCUGUAUGUUUACUCAGAUUAAACGUGUUUGAGGCACACAGAGGCUCGUACUGGAUGACGCUCACUGUGUGUGUGUGUGUCUUCAGAUGGAGAGCUGUACACUGGAACGGUAGCGGACUACAUGGGAAACCGGCCAGUCAUCUCCCGCCACCUCAGCGAGGGCAGCCAUGUUGAUCUGAAGCUGGAUGACACUUUGGGAUGGCUGGAGGGUACGUGUCUGCAACGAACUACUCAUGAUGUAUUACACACAUCCCCAAGGCUCUUACAUAUAUUGGAUAUUUAGCAAUAUGUGACAGAGGGAAAAAUACCUACAAGAGACUUUUCCCACAUAAAGCACAGCUUAAAGGAAAUGUACAUUUCGACUUCUAUAUUUAAACUGGUCUUUUAAAGGACUCAAUUUUUUUAAAGGAAAUAGUUGAAUCAUAAGUCGUUUGGUGUUGGUUAAGCCUCCUAACCAAUACGUCUGGAAUACUUUCCAAUGAUUUGUUCGUUAAUUAAUUGGCCUAACAAGCUUUCAGUAACACACUUAUCUCUCGAUUAGUCUAGCCAAUUGUUCAAUCUUUUUCUCCAGAUCCCACUUUCAUCAGCUCCAACUUCGUCCCCAGUGAGGAGAAGAUCUAUUUCUUCUUCAGCGAGGUGGGCCGGGAGUACGACUUCAUUGACAAGUUCACUGUAUCUCGCAUCGCCCAAGUCUGCACGGUAAGACCCUAAGAGCUGCAUUGUUGUGUGGUUGUACGUCAUUGAUUGUGUGGUUGUACAUCUGCGUGUGUGCAGAUGCGUGUUGAUAAUAAUCCUCUCAGCCAUUUCCUGUCUGUCCCAGAGUGACAUUGGGGGCCAUCGUACCCUGCAGCGACGCUGGACCACCUUCGCCAAAGCCCAGCUCCUGUGCCAGUCUGACCACGAGCUGCCCUACAAUGUCAUCCAGGACAUCGUCACCCUCCCGCCACCUGAGGGGGCCCCAGUGGACGACACCCUUUUCUUCGGCAUCUUCAGCUCUCAGUGGUCAGUAGUUUACACAUUCUAUACGCUAUGAAUGGGAUUAAGUAAUCUGUUGACAGUCUCCUGUACGAAUGGCAACUGUUGUUUCUUGUUAGCAGGUCUUAAUAAUAUGUACAGGUCUGUCACCAGAUCUUAACCCAAUUGAACACUUAUGGGAACCAGUAGCGGUGUGUGGGUAAAAUCACUGGGGAAGCCAGAAAGAAAAAUGCCAUAUUACAACCUAUGUGUUCUGAUAAUUGCGUUGUUUGCUCUAUAACCUGUGAGUUCAUAUGCCUUGACACCGUGAUGUGUAGGCCUAAAGGCCAAGACAAUAAGAAGACAGUGGCAGAAUAAAUUCAACCACACCUUUGUUUCAUCACAAAACCGGAGAGCAACAUCUGUCCAGUGAAGUCCACAAAGCAUAUUGCAUGUAACAAAAAGUUUCAUGACCUACAGCAUGGUCAAGCAAGUUCAUGUUUCUGACAUUUUCAGACCACUAAACAACUAUUUAUUUAGAACCAUGGAGAUUUACCGCAAGUCGUAAAGAAAACAGGAGCUGCCUCCACUAUUCCAGCACCAUUUCAACUUCAACAUUUCAAUAUCAUCAAAUCACCUAUGCUUAGUCUAAUACAGUGACAACUAAAAGAUACCAAAAACAAUUUAGUCCAAUCAACAAAAGCUAAAUAUGAUGUGGCUGUCCAUGGUUCAGAUAUCUCUCUCUAUGUGUGGAUUGGUGGGUGGGUGGGUGCGUAUUGAACUUCCAUCUUCUCAGGCCAGGGGUACAAUGUAUGAAUUAAUGCUUGGAUCAGAAUUGCCGUUAUAAUCAAUGGCCAGUACGGCGAAUUAAGUAAAACCACAAGUCCAAAUCCCUAUCUCCAUCCAUGGCUAAUUUAGGAAAGGGCCAAUCUUAGCUCGCUGGAUAGCCACACAGCACAAUGAGGUGCAACAAUUCAAGUUGUUUCUGUCAAUUACGUAUGCUCUCAAUGCGAUUUGAUAGGAGUGACGUCAAAUCCAAACUGGCUUCCCUUGACACUUUCUUUUUUUUUGGUGCGCAGGGACUAUUCACAGUUGAGCUCACUCAGUUUAGCUCAAUGCUGAUUGGCUAUUAUUUUAUUUAAAAAUCAUCAAGGGAGGCCAAAUACUCGCUGGCGUCCCCUGCGUUCAAUGCAACGGGCGGCAGCAAUGUCAUACUCUUGGACCAGAUAGCAUCAGAUAGAUGGCCUACACAUAGAGGGGCAGUGUUUCGCUCGCUCAGAUGCUUUCUCCGGUGAGAUACAUUCAGCCUCUUGCAAAUUGAAAGAAAAUUAUGAAACACAGAGAGACGAAAGAUAGAUUAUUUGAUGUUUUUUUUCUUUUUUCACAUCCAUGAAUGCACGCCACUGAUGGGAACACUUUCUGGAGCGGUGUCUGAGACUGCGUUUUCCACCACCAUCAACAAAACACAAAAUGAUGGAAUUUCUCGUGGAAGAAUGGUGUCGCACCCCUCCAAUAUAGAGUUCUAGACACUUGUAGAAUCUUUGCCACGGCACAUUGAAGCUGUUCUGGCGGCUCGUGGUGGCCCAACGCCCUAUUAAGAUACUUUAUGUUGGUGUUUCCUUUUUUUUGGCAGUUACUUGUACCUUGCUAGAGAAUGACCAGUCCCGGUCUUUUCUAGUACAGUAUAUGAACUGAAAAAUAUUUGUCAAAUAAGACCACUUUUUUGAAAGACUGGUUGGUGUGUCGAGGGUUUUUGAAACGAGUGCGUUUCAGAAGGGUGUUCAUGAUUUGCGGAUUUUUUACAAGUUUUUACAAAUUUAGCUGCUACCAGAUUGUAGCAUGGUUGUGACCGCAAGUGUCUUUGAUGUUUGUGCACUACUAGGUCGGUGAACUCAGGGCAGUCGGCAGUGUGUGCGUUCCGCCUUGGUGACAUCAAAGCGGUCUUCGCAGGCAACUACAAGGUCCUGAAUCGGGACACGCUUCGGUGGAGCAUGCGGGUUCAGGAGAAGGUCGCCAACCCGGGAGAGGUAAGCAGUGUCCCCGUCUCGAAUGACAGAGGUCCCCAGAGGGUUAGAAUAAUUAAAUUGGCUUGUUAGCUAAUUUUGACUUCUUCUAAGAAGUUGGAUGAAAGGAAAAGAUACAUAAGAAGUUAAAACAACUUCUCUAGACAAAACAAUGCUGGGAGAAUGCCUUGUUUAUACUUGCCUAGGUAAAUGUUAGUUAAGUUUCUGAUUUGUCUUGGAUUUCUUUACAUAUUGUGUUGUCUCCCCAUGUUGUAUUGGAUUGAGGAUCAAUCAGCCAUGCCUUACAUCAGUGGUAUUCAAAUGUAAAACAUUUAUUUGCAUUUUUUGGGAACAAAACAUUCUGAGUACAGAUUAUUGUAUGGGACAAUAUACAAACGUUUUUGAGAAAGAUAAUUUGAAAGAUUCAAUUUUAUUGAGUAAAUGUAUUUAUUGGUUUCUUUUUGAUUUUGAUAAGAGAUGAAGAUGCAAUGAAUUGAAGGUUACUUGUUGUAUAAAUCUAAAUUUACAGAUUUUAAGGUUGUGUCAUCGGAUUUGGGGUGGGGUGAAAUUCUUGGGGAAACAAUGGGGUCCCCAGAAAUUCUGGUGGAAAAAAUGGGGUCCCAUUUGAAAAAGUUUGAAUACCACUGCCUUAGCUCAUAAGCGUGGCCUGGUUUGAUGUUCAAUAAAGAAGAAACUUCCACACAUAAUAAUAAAUGUGAUAUUGGAGUUUUAAGACUUUGGAGUCUUCUUUAUUCAUAGUUUCCUUUUCUUCAAGCUCCUUAACAUACUUGCUGUGGAUGACUCCGACACAGGCCAAUUGGCAUACAGCUGGAUGUUUCUCAGUAGCUGUGCCUGGCUCAAUCCCAUUUGUCUCUCCCUCGUCUCAGUGUGGUCUGCACAACGCCUCAGACAACACCCUUCGCUUUGUCAAAGAAAACUUCCUUGCGGACGACAGCGUACACCCUGUGGGGCGGAGCCUGACCAUGGUGUCACCUGACCAGCACUACAGCCACGUGGUCACGCAGAGAGUACAGGCCGCCAAUGGCAAGGACUACACCGUUCUCUUCCUGCUCACAGGUACUGGACAUGUAUUUAACUCGGUGUGGCAGGCAGUUGAACUGGAAUCGGCCUAAAUAUGAAUGUAUUACUCAGUACAUGUAUGCAUGUGCACACCAUUACCGUGUUAGUCAAUUCUUUCACACUUGCUUUCAGAAUCGGGCUACCUCCACAAAGCAGUGCUGCUGGAGAAGGGUGCACACAUCAUUGAGGAGAUCCAGGUCUUCGAGCGGCCUCAGCCCGUGAAGAACCUCCUGCUCUCCAUAUCCAAGGUACCGUUCGAGUCAUUAGGUAUUCUCCAUCUCAAGUCGAGUACUCAUCCCACUUUACCCUCGCUUCGCUGUCACAUUACAUUUUAAUGCAGAACCUGCUGGCACUUAACUUUACUUGAGUUACAUAAGUAUUCAGACCCUUUGCUAUGGGACUCGAAAUUGAGCUCAGGUGCAUCCUGUUUCCAUUGAUCAUCCUUGAGAUGUUUCUACAACUUGGAAUCCACCUGGGUAAAUUCAAUUGAUUGGACAUGAUUUGGAAAGGCACACACCUGUCUAUAUAAGGUCCCAGAGUUGACACUGCAUGUCAGAGCAAAGACCAAGCCAUGAGGUCGAAGGAAUUAUCCGUAGAGCUCCGAGACAGGAUUGUGUCGAGACACAGAUCUGGGGUAGGGUACCACAAAAUGUCUGCAGCAUUGAAGGUCCCAAUGAACACAGUGGCCUCCAUCAUUCUUAAAUGGAAGAAGUUUGGAACCACCAAGACUCUUCCUAGAGCUGGCCGCCCGGCCAAACUGAGCAAUCGGGGGAGAAGGGCCUUGGUCAGCGAGGUGACCAAGAACCCAAUGGUCACUCUGACAGCUCCAGAGUUCCUCUGUGGAGAUGGGAGCACCUUCCAGAAGAACAACCAUCUCUGCAGCACUCCACCAAUCAGGCCUUUUAUGGUAGAGUGGCCAGACGGAAGCCACUCCUCAUUAAAAGGCACAUGACAGCCCGCUUGGAGUUUGCCAAAAGGCACAUAAAGACCCUCAGACCAUGAGAAACAAGAUUCUCUGAUCUGAUGAGACAAACAUUGAACUCUUUGGCCUGAAUGCCAAGCGUCAUGUCUGGAGGAAACUUGGCACCAUCCCUGCGGUGAAGCAUGGUGGUGGCAGCAUCAUGCUGUGGGGAUGUUUUUCAGCGGCAGGAACUGGGAGACUAGUCAGCAUCGAGAGAAAGAUGAACGGCGAAAAGUACAAAGAGAGCCUUGAAAACCUUCUCCAGAGCGCUCAGGACCUCAGACUGGGGCGAAGGUUCACCUUCCAACAGGAUAACAACCCUAAGCACACAAGACAAUGUAGGAGUGGCUUCGGGACUAGUGUCUGAAUGUCCUUGAGUGGCCCAGCCAGAGCCUGGACUUGAACCCGAUCAAACAUCUCUGGAGAGACCUGAAAAUAGCUGUGCAGCAAUGCUCCCCAUCCAACCUGACAGAGCUUGAGAGGAUCUGCAGAGAAGAAUGGGAGAAACUCCCCAAAUACAGGUGUGCCAAGCUUGUACACCUGUAAUCAAUUUUAGAAUAAGGCUGUAACGUAACAAAAUGUGGAAAAAGUAAAGGGGGUCUGAAUACUUACCGAAGGCACUGUACAUCUGGUCACCUCAUGCGUGACGUCCUUGUCAGUUCCUUUUACCGUGAGUAAAACGAUUGCUCGCCCCUGAGGAGUAGAUCACAUUAAAGUUUAACAGUGGAGCGAGUGUCACGCUAGUUAUUUGCGUGAUGCAUAUGGUGGGGCAGGCAGGCCCUGGUGAGGGGUCAGUGUAUGUGUGUAUGCGUGCGCUGGGUUCAUCUGCUCUCUAACCCCACCAGUAUGCCCAGAGGUCUCAACCAAUAACGUCACAUCUGCUGGGGACUGGAAGAUGGACAUGGCCUGGGGAGUCUGUGUCACUUGCUGGCUUCACGCCUUCUGUGAAGUGCGAGGUGGUUGGUUAGCACGGAAGAGACACAAAGUCAAUUGCACACGCAGAAACUGUGAAACAUUUUUAUUACCACCGCAUAUAAUAUUGCAAGGUUUUAUCUAACAGCUUUCUUUGCAAAUAAUGAAAUGCUGAUGAGUAAUAGAAAUUGUCGAAUUUUUGGGACUGUUUAACUAUUGUUAAGUGUACACCAUGGGGGGGAGGGAGAGAGAGGUGUGCACAGUUCAGUUUACUUCUGCUUCAGUAUGGCUGUCUGUUGAAGUCAUUUAUUUAGGACAUAAUGUCACGUAGGGGUCACAACAUGUCGCAGAUAAUCUUUCUUCUCUGAUUGAACAAAAAUAUGCUCAUUUAGCAGACACUUUUAUCCAAAGCAACUGUCGAUUGAAAGGCUUAUAUUCAGUACGUGACCCAUACCCACAACCCCGGUGUUGAGAGCGCCACGCUUCAACCAAGACUAACUGUCAAAAUUAGCUUAAAUUAAUUAUUCUCGUAAUUACUACCCAAUCCAUCAGUUUGUGCCCUUGGUCAUUAAGUGUGUACUAAUGCUAACAUGUUUCUGUCCUUAUCCCCUAUGUACACUAACAUUAGCGACUUAGCACUAAUGCUAUCCUUCACCCCCACAGGGUGUGGUGUUUGUGGGCUCAUCAGAAGGCGUGGUGAGGGUCCCGGCCUCCAACUGCUCCUACUACUGGAGCUGCGCCGAGUGUGUGCUGUCUCGGGAUCCCUUCUGUGGCUGGGACCCCUCCAACAAAGUCUGCACCCACGCCACCAGCAUCCAGGACAACGUGUGAGUGUCACACCCUAUCAUGUUACAUUACAUUACAACCACUCUACCCAGCAGGCACAACACCAAUACACAGGAGGAUUUAUAGAAUCUACCAUGGCAAGUAUAAUAUGCUACUUGCAUAGAGCUGGGUGUUAAAAAUUUCUUUUGGAUAAAGGCCGUUGCAUUUGAUUUUGUUGAAUUAAUUAAUUUCCUUCAGGGCUGGAUUCCCUGCACAGAUGAGCCUAGUCCUUUACUAAAAAACACUUUAAAUGGAUAAUCUCCAUUGAACAUGCUUCAUAGUACAUGAGUAGACUUAAAGUGUCCCUAAAACCGUCCCAUCAUAUUUAAGAAUAAACAGAAUAACAUUGAAUGGGUAUUUAUUUAGGGUAUAGGUAAAGUACAUACUUUAUUGAGUCAUAUAAUUUUUUUUAUUUUUAUUUUUUUUUACAUUAUAGAGUUAAUCGAAAGGGGACCAUCGCGCCCUCCCAGAAGUUUAGUUGGUGCGUAAAACCUGUGAAUUCAGAUAAGCAAAAAGUGAUGGGUCCGCACUCAGAAAGAUGUCGCAUAAAGCUUACUUCAUUUUUUUAUAUAAUAAAAAAUAAUAUUCACUGCAUCAGGGAUAGCGUACACAGACGUUUUGGCUUUGCAGCCUUCAGUGUGUAGGUACAAUUGAAUUAUUUGUAUGGCCUCCCGAGUGGCGCAGCGGUCUAAGGCACUGCAUUGCAGUGUUGCGGCAUCACUACAGCCUGGGGUUCGAUCCCAGGCUGUGUCACAACCGGCCGUGACCGGCAGUCCCAUAGGGUGGCGCACAAUUGGCCCAGUGUCGUCCGGGUUAGGGGAGGGUUUUGCCGGGGGGCUUUAAUUGGCUCAUAGUGCUCUAGCGACUCCUUGUGGCGGGCCGGGCGCCUGCAGGCUGACUUCGGUCGUCAGUUGAACAGUGUUUCCUCCGACACAUUGGUGCAGCUGGCUUCCGGGUUAAGCGAGCGGGUGUUAAGAAGCACGGCUUGGCGGGUCAUGUUUUGGAGGACACAUGACUCGACCUUCUCCUCUCCCGUGCAGCGAUGAGACAAGAUCGUAAUCACAAAAGGGGGUACAAUCUUCUACAAAUAAUAAUUUAUUUGUACCUACACACUAAAGAAGGCUGCAAUGCCAAAACGUCUGUGUACACUAUCCCUGAUACAGUGAAUAAUAAUACGAAUAUGAAGUAAGCUUUAUGCGUCAUUAUAGAGUUAACCAGAAUGUAAGCGGGAACUUUGCAUGGACAGACGCACAGAAUAAAUCACACAAACUCACACGUAAACAAAUGCAUCGACCCACACACACACACACACACACAAACAGUGUUUAUCUCCUCUUCUACAGAGGCCAGGAUGUGGAUGAAGGGAAUGUGCAGGAGGCGUGUGCUUCGCCCAGAUCCAGAUUUGGACUGCACAAAGGUAAAGCAGGUGAGAAUCACACAUCUUCGUACUUAUCCUUUUAUCUAUCUGUCAGACUAGUAUAGUAUAGCUAGAUAGUAUAGGAUUCAUAGGUUCCACCUCUAUCACUCGGUUGCAUCAUGCCAUUGUUAUGAAUGUUCUCAAGCCGCCCGCUGCCGGCAGCGCCGUAGUGGUGCCCUAAAGUGGUGAUAAGCCCAGUUGUUCUGGAUGGAGGCUAACUACUACUAAUGCCUGAAAAUACGAUGACAUUGCUAAAGUAGUCAAAUAUUUAGUAGGAAACAACUUUGCGAGCAUUAUCAUGUCGUCAAAUGUACUUUAGUCAGAUGGCAAUGUUGUCAUUAGCUAGCAAUGUUUGUCAAAAAUAGCUAGCAAUGCUAAUGUUAGCUAGCUAAAAUCCGGUGGCCUCCCCUCAAUCUUAGCUAGCUAGCUAAUGUUAUACUGCAUCUAAAGUCAAUCUGGCGCCAACAAAAUUAUGACAAAAGGUUUUCCUACUAAUUAUCUGCCUCCUUUUGAAUGUCAUAGUAUUUCCAAGGCACUUUUGAUGAAAUCUUCAUCAGCGCUCAUUGACGAUGCAUUGAGUAGAAUGCUCAGUCGGGCAUCAAUCCAAAACGAACAUUCAAAACAAUAUUGUGACGAAACAUGCAACUCAUGAAUACAUAGAUACACACUGCAGUGUGUGUGUGCUCAAGCCUUUGUUUGUGGGCUAGCCGCUAGCUUAGCCGCUAACUGCCAUAUCUAGCAUCCGUCUCAGUCUAAGCUUGGGCCUCAGUCAGUGACUCCUGAUUUCUGUUAGACUCCUUUCCCCCAGGCGAGCUGGUGUCUGUGUCCCUGAAUGAGGUGGUGCGACUGCAGUGCCCAGAGGCCUCGAGCCUGGCCCACCGCCACUGGGAGCGACCCAACAGCCGCCUCUCCCCGGACCUCUACCUGCAGUUGGAGGACGGAAGCCUGCACUUCCUGGCCACGCCCACCACCCUGGGCCACUACCUGUGUCUCUCCACAGAGAAUGGCUUCCAGCAGAACCUGGCCAUCUACCAGGUAAAGCAGAAGAGCAGCCCCACCCCUCUGGCCACUGCCCCUGGCAUGACGCCCACCCGCCCCCAGAGCCCGGCACUCCCCCAGAGCCCGGCCCUCCCCUCAACCACCCAGGCCAGCUCAGGAGGAUGGUUCACCCCACACUUGACUGGGCCCAAGCAGACCGAGCCGGAGCCCACCGAGCCGGCAAGGGAGACUCCGGUCACCACGAGGCGGACCAGCAGGAACUUUACUUUCUGGGUGGAGCAGUCGGGGGAGACUGAGGCGGAGUCGCGGGGAGGGGAGAAGCUGCUGCUGGUGAACACCUACCUGAAGGAGCUGUUGGUGGUGUCUGUACUGCUAGUGUGCUGCGUUAGCAUUCUGCUAACCAUGGCGCUAUAUAGCAUGAAGCAGCGCUGCCGCAGCAGGACGGCGCCCCAGGCCAACACCCCAGGGAGGGACUCUGAGAGGGGUGGCCCUCAGGAGCGGGAGGCCCUUCAGGGGAAUCAGUCGCCGCGCAGCAAUGACAAGCGGAACGGGCAGCUGGCACACAACGGCCAAGCCAACGGGGUCGUGUGCAACGGCACGCCGAGGGGCUCUAAUGGGCAUCUGCCCAACACCCCUAUCUGA